UCAGAAUCAAUUUACCCUUCGCGGUGUAACAUUGUACCUUCCUAUUAUUGGUGGAGUGAGUUUUGUAAGCUGUAAGUACCUUUCGAUCAACUUUUCCAAAUAUAAGGUGUAAUACAGAGUAAGUAGGUAAAUUUAUUUUUACGUUUUUAAAAUGCCUUUUGAAAAGGAUCAAUUUAAUAUUAACGUUUUAAUAGAUUGUAUAGUUUAUGCUUUUAGGUCUGAGGAGGAUAUUAAUUUUAAAAUUAGGAGCCCUGAUUGUAAGAAAUUCUUAGAUAAACUUCAAGACGUACAAAUUUUAGCCCCAAACUCAAACAAGGACAAAGAAUAUAUAAAGAAAAAUGUUAAACGCGCGCUAAAAAAUGUUAAAAAGUUAUGGGAUGGAAACAUGAAUAAUAUUCGGGAUCUUGUACAUUCCCGUUAUGUAAUUGCAUCUAGUUGUAAGAACUUCGGUGAAUCAUUUCAUAAUCAAUCUGAUAUAUUUCCCGUCACUUCGAACCAAUCUCUUGGUCUCCUAGACGAAAAGUUUAGUGCAGAUAUUUUAGACAACUUUAGCGGUGAUGUACCCUUUGACCAGAUUAAUGUAGUUUCUGUUUCCAUCCAUUCUCCCAAGUCGAAUCAAUCUCUUGGUCCCCUAGGCGAAAAGUUUAGUGCAGAUAUUUUAGACAACUUUAGCGGUGAUGUACCUCUUGACCAGAUGAAUGUAGUUUCUGUUUCCAUCCAUUCUCCCGAGUCUUCAUGGAAAAAACCCGACGUCGAUGUAGGAAUUAUCUACGAAUCGCAGUUGAGAGAAUCAAGUCUUCAUAAAGAUAAAGAUGCUAUACCACUGCAUCAAGCCGGUACACUUUCCGCGUUCAAUCAAUCUAUCCCAUCGUUAGCUAAAAAUCAUGAUGUAUCUAAAACAAUUUUACCGUUGAACGAAUCUAAGGCCACCAUGAAAAAUUGUGUUAUUAUAAGAAAUACAACGUGGAAUAAAAUGUAUGAUUUAAAAAAUAAUGUAAUGAAAAGUGGCUGGACAGAUCACAUGAACAAAUACUUUGAAAAAAUAUUUCCCCUAUGUGUCUUAAAAUUUAAAUUUCAUAGAAUAAAUAAACCGAAACGUCCCGGAAAAAUUACUUUCCUUGCUAAGGCAGAAUGCAAGCAUUCUAAAUGUGCAAAAUUCACUUUCUUUUGCACAGAAAAUUUAGCUUUGCCAAAUGAUAAGGAAAUCAACAUUGUUAAAGUAGGGAUAAUUCAACAUUUUGAUGAAGCGCAUCGACGAUUUAUUAAAGGUUCUCACAGAGCUAAGUUAGGUAGGGAACUCUUAUAUACGACACCCGGCAUUUUAAAAUUGAAAAAACUUGACGCUUGUGAUAAUAAAGUUUUGCUAGCUGGAAAUUUAAAUUAUGCACCUGACAGCGUUAUAUUGAGAAAAAUUUCAAGCGAACAGCAUAAAAAAUAUGAUCUUGAUACGGACCCCUUUCUUCAUCUUCAGAAACUCCAAACCUAUCUUAAAAAAAUAUUUCCAGGCAAAAAAAUCCCUGGUUACAUCAAUUUUAUGAAAUAUCUUUUGGAAUCCGUGUUAACAUAUUAUCCUAUUAUAUCUGGCUUGAUCAUAAAGAAAUUAGGGUACAUUCGUGAUAAUAACGGUGUAGUUGAAAGUUGGUUCAGAAUAGUAAAAAAGGACAUAUUUUUAGGAAAAAUGCGAAAUUUAGCUGCCAGAUAUAUUCGUAGAAUGUCUGAAUUAAUUACACCGAGAUUAAUUCAUGAAAAGGUGCCACUUAAAGCGACUAGAAAAGGCAAAAAAUCAAAUAAAAUCAAAUCUACCCGUUUAGUUACAAAAUCAAGUAAACAUAUAAGCAAGGGUGGAAUAAAAGUUUCGGGAGAUCAAUCGUCAAUUACAACCAAGGAAGAGGAAUGGGGUAAACGAACUGAAGACAUAAACAAGUAUAUCAUACACUAA